AUGAAGUAUAUCGACGAGAUUGACCUUGAGCUUGUGAAUCAAGAGCUAAAUUUUAGCUCGCCGGAUAACAACUUAAUCAUCAAGGGUGGUUGUGAGCUAUUUACAACCAAACCAAUUGGUUCAGACAAAAAGUUAUUCAAGACGAUCGACAAGCAUUUGAACCAGAUAAUUGAAGAUAACCAAUUAUCACGCUCAUUGGAAAGAGAAAGACAAAACUCUAUAGGCUCGAUAUUUGGUGGUAGUGGAAGUCCCACAGACAAACGCUUUAACUAUCACUACCCCCACCAUCACCACAUCCAACCACAAGAGCAGAAACAAGAACAGAAACAUGAAGAAAACCCAGGGGAAAGGCCAGAGAAAGCACCAGAAGUAAAGCAAACACUGAAUAAUUUACCAUUGCCUCAAGAGAGUAAACGAAGGUCUAGUUCACAGCUGGGAAAAUUCAAGGUAGAGGUAAAAGUGGACCUGCCUAAAGCCUCUGGUCCCUCUUUGACAACAACGGCUCCCACCAUUUCAACUGUUGAUACCAUAAACAAAACUACGGCAACAAUGAAUGAAACUGAGAAUGCGGCUUCCUCGUUGCCGAAAUCCUUCAACGAUGACAGCUUCAUAGGGUCUGAACAACAGGAUCCAAUUGACGAAUCACCUUUUGGUCCAUUAAAGAGCAUCUCGACGCGCAAGACUUUUUCAUAUUUGAUUGCAAUUUUGAACAACACGUUUCCAGAUCAAGACUUUUCAAGUUUGCAACCGACAACCGAAAAUUUUUACAAGCUAGACACACCAGAGGAUCUUGUACAGAAAUUCAACAAUUUACUCAUAUCCUUGGGCAAGAAAGAAGAUAUCCUUAACUGGAUAUGGGAUAUUAUAAACUCAUACAUGGAUGUAAUACCUUCAAAAACAUCGUCUCCACUUUUAGCUGCAACUAGCGGUGCCCUGGAGAGCCAUAGCUAUGGGUAUAACCAAAACGGGUCCGGGUCCGGUUCUGGGUCUGGUUCUGGUUCUCGGUCCGGUUAUGGUCACAGUCAUAACCAUGGAAACGAACAAAGACAAGGCGGUACUUCGAGUCGGAAGAAUAGCUUUUUGAGCAAGAGGAGGAAUAGUUCAUUCUCUACCUUAAUUGGGGGCCAUUCUCCUCUGCUUUCGGCGCAGCAGCCAGUAGAGAAAAAUUGUCAAAUAUACCAGUUCCAACCCUCUGACGAGUCAAUAUUUGAGGACCUAACAUACCCAUACCAGCCUAUGUGGUCGUAUUACUGGUUUAUUUAUAACAAGAGAAAGAAAAGAGUAACGUUUUUGCAUUUAACUGCGAUUAAUAAAGUCCAUUAUUCCAAUGUUAAUGAAGAAACCCGUAGGAAAAGGCUUAAAACCGAUAGGGUCAUUCGAGGCGACGGUUAUGAUGACGAAGAAGAGUACGACGAGAAUGAUGAGUAUCGUGGAGACAGUGAAGAAUUUGUUGCUAGUCAGCUGAAUGCAGAAGAAGAAAACACAGAUAUUGUGGGCGAUCUCGAAAUCUGA